AUGGACGAAACAGCGAGACCAAUCGCCUCCUCCGAGCAAAGCCAGCUGGCCUGUGACCAGUGCUACAGAUGCAAGCUGAAAUGCACCAGAGAAAAGCCCUCCUGUCAGCGCUGUAUGUCGAGCGGCAGGUCUUGUUCCUACAGCUUGGGGCUGUGGAAAGGGCGGCCCAAGGGCACGUCAAAACGAACACAAAUCUCGCAGAGCAACAGGCAGAGCCCUACACCCUCGCCCAGCAGCCUUCAGCAGCCUGGAGAGAAAGGUCACUCGGAGACCUUGGGAGGCUACAUCCUUCGACACUGUGACUAUAUUGGCCAAGUACUCUCGCCGUCACAUAGCGACACGGCAUACUUGAGCGUGUUGCCGUCCGGGGCUGAUACUGAUAGCGGCCUGUGGGGUACACCACCAGAGCUAUGGGAUGGCAUCUCGACCGUCUGCUCCUCCUCGCUCGAUCCCGAGCCCCAUUCACUCGACUUCCAGCCCAACGACGAAGAAAAGAUGUCGUGGGCGUCCACCCUCGACGAGAAAGAGGCCAGUAAGCGACGAAGCGAUGACAUCUCGUCUUCAGGCCACCACGGUGACGAUCUCGCUUCCGGUAUCACAGCAAAGGGAGACCAAACCCGAGCGUUGGGUUCAUACCUCCCUGCAAGCUCGCCCUGCAGCUGCUUGUCCUCGGUGGCGGCAUCAUUGGAGGCGUUGUCGCAGCUGUCGGACUCUCACCCGCCGUCCUCCACGCUUAGAACAGUUGACUCAAGCCUGAAAGUGUGUGAACGAAUGAUCGCUUGCUCCCGUUGCAGCAGGCGAUGGGGGACCGCGUGGUGCUUUAUCACCCUUUCCGAGUUGACAGCACAGCUCGAGCGUCUGUUACCAUCAAUGCGUAACGCGCCUAGCGAGACGAGGGGUGAAGUAUCUCCAUCAUCACAUUCUGAAUUCUUCGGUGCAAUGGACGUGGAGGUUGGACGGCAGUAUGCUCUUAGAGGUAUUAUGCUCUUGGCCGGCUUAGAAGUAAUGCCCUCCUACGGGCAAAAGUCCGCCACGAUGCCCAAUUUGGGUCCGACUAGAGAUAUGCUUGCCUACCUGAAGACAACGUUAACAUCUAUCAUAAGUUGA